AUGCUGGGGCAGAUCUGCAGCGCCAAACUGGACCUAAUGCUGGUACUGGACGGGUCCGGUUCUGGGCAGAUCUGCAGCGCCAAACUGGACCUAAUGCUGGUACUGGACGGGUCCGGCUCUGGGCAGAUCUGCAGCGCCAAACUGGACCUAAUGCUGGUACUGGACGGGUCAGGCUCUGGGCAGAUCUGCAACGCCAAUCUGGACCUAAUGCUGGUAAUUGACGGGUCCGGCUCUGUGGGCGACGUCGACUUCGCCAAGGUCCUGCAGUUCGCCGAAAAAUUGGUCAACGCGUUCGACAUCGGACCGGACCUCACCAGGGUUGGAGUCGUGCAGUAUUCCGACUACUCCACCUUGGAGUUUAAUUUGGGCGCCCACGGAGACAAGGCGUCCACGAUAGCCGCUGUUAACAACAUCGUGUACCAGGGCGGUGGCACGGCCACCGGAGAGGCUCUGGAGUACACACGCGUUAACGCUGCCUGGAGGGCAGCACCCGUGCCUAAGGUGAUGAUCGUGGUGACUGACGGCAAGUCCGCCGACUCCGUGAUGGCCCCGGCCAACGCCCUGGCGUCGAGCGGCGUGGACGUGUACGCGAUCGGCGUGGGGAACUACGACGCCGCCGAACUCAUGGCCAUCGCCGCCCAGGACCAGGGCAAGGUCAUCGAGCUGGCCGACUUCAACGCCCUGAACGCCGAGAUCGAGCAUGCGCAGUUCGCCCAGACGGUUUGCGUAGUUGCCCAGCAGCCCAAGCCUUGCGCGAGCAACCCGUGCCAGAACAACAGCAACUGCGUCAGCAUCAACGGCGGAGACGCCUACGAGUGCCGCUGCUUCCCUGGGUGGCUGGGCGCCAACUGCGAAACACUGGACUACUGCCGGAACCAACAGUGUGAGAGCGGCGGAACUUGCAUGAACCAGCCGACCGGAUUCGUCUGCAGCUGCCCGCCGGGCUGGGAGGGCACGCACUGUGAAACACCUUCUUGCCAGAACACCGUCAGCCUGUGCGGGAACAGCCCCGGCUGGCCUGACAUCAUGUUCUGCUCCGUGAGCCACGUGCUCGCCGCCUGCCCGGAGUUCUGCGGCACCUGCACCUGCCCCACCAACCCUGAGUGUAAGAACGGCGGCAGCCGCGGUAACGACCCCAACCUCUGGGGGGAAGACACCUGCAAAUGUGCCUGUGUGGGCUCAUGGACGGGACCGACAUGUGAAGUGUGUUCCGUGCACUGCGAUGUCUUCGUAGGUUCUGUGGACCCGACCACCUGCACAUGCCAAUGCUUCGACGGCUGGGGAGGUCCUACCUGCACAGACUUUGUUGGACACUAGAAUGGAGAACAUCGUUUGAACCUUUAAAAGUUCGAUGAUUCGUCGACUGUCUGUAUGCCAGAUGCCAGGAGUAAAUAACAGCAUGGCCCCAAACUUGAUAAAGUAAUUUUAUUGAAUGGCUUAUUCAGCUCAGAUUGUUUAACAAGUUUUACAGCAUAUUGCUACGCAACGUUAGUAUGGUGUACUUUUGUGUGGUAAUGAAUGUCAAACACUGUUGAAAAUUUUCAGGAAGAAAUUUUACGAAAAUGAUGAAAGAAAUGUAACAGAGUAAGACAAUUGAGAACGGCUACUUGGAGUUUUAUAAAUGUUGUUAUGGUCGUAUGUUAAAACAUCAAAUGACAUACGGAGGAAUUGUUCCGUGAAACUCUCGCGAGAACACACGAGACUGAUCAUGAGCGAGAACUUUCAAGAACCCGUUGACAAAUGUCCAGAACUCAGUGUGAAUUUAGAGCUAGACAUGACUUUGUUGGAGACGCCACCGCCAUCCCCUCAACACACUUUCGCUCGUUUUAGCUAACCCAGAUUUGUUAAGUAUUGCUGUCGCAUCAUGUGAACUGGAUUAAAGAUGUCA